AUGGUUUUGAAUCUGAAAUCGAAACCAUCGAAGGAAACAGUUCCAAAACCCAAAAAGGAGGCAAAACCUGGCAAAAAAUUGAAUCCAUUGAAGAAGGAGAAACCAGUCAAACAGAAGAAGAUCAAGGCUGCAGACCCGAAAAAAGGAGGUGUUGUGAAACCGAAAGAUCCGAAGCAAGGAAAAGUGAAGACUCCGAAUCCUUUCAAGAAACCAAAAAUUCUGAAGAAAGAUGAAGAUGUGAAGGUGUAUAACGCUUCGCCUGCUCCCGGACAAGCUGCCAGAGCACCAGAACCGAAAAAAAAGAAAUCAUACAAAUCUCUGCUGAUUCAUGGCGUGCUCAUCUGCAUUAUUCUUGCUCUUUCUCUUGCUUUGCUGUUGGUUCUCUUGCUUUCAGGCAAAGACAAAAGAAACGUUUGUGAAACUCCGGAGUGUAUCAGUCUUUCUCAACAGUUGCUCAAUUGGAGAGAUGAAUCCGUUGAUCCAUGCAAAGAUUUCUUUCAAUAUUCGUGUGGAAAAUAUAACGAACAUGUUACUGUGCAGGGAGCGGCUAUUACCAAACAGUCUCAAAUUCUAAAUGGAUUGAUUAGAGAAUACCUCCUAAAAAACAAAACGACUUCUUCAGCUUCUGAAAACGCUAUGCUACAAUUGUUUGCAAAAUGUCGAGAAUAUAGAAACAUAACGAACGGAGUUCGAGCGGAAAACUUGCAAAAUCUAGCUAAACUAGUCGGAAACCUUGUUGGUACUUGGAAUGAUGCUAAUUUCGAUAUAACCAAAGCUUUGCCAAAUAUCGUAACAAAACUUGGCCCACUGGGCAACGCUAUCGAUUUUGGUCUAUUUUCUCUAAUUACUAAAACUGGGGCUGAGCUCGUAAUUGUUGGAAGUCAAUACAAGUUACCGCCUCAGGAUGUCAUGAAAAAGAUUAUCAACGAAACCAUGAAUAUUACACCAUCACCAUCCGACGAUGAUUUGAAAAAUAUUUUGAGUUUUAAAGAGGAAUGGGACGGGUUUUUCAUGGACGGGUUGAAAGAGGGUGCGCAAUACGAAAGUGUAAAAGCUACGAUUCCAUCUAUUAAAUUUGAUGGAAUCAUCAAAAGUACGUUGAAAUCACCAGAAACCGCCUGGCCCAAAAUUUUGAAUAGUUUAAUCACGAGAAGGAAAAAAGAUCUCGGCAAUUUUUUGAUCUUCAAAUUUCUGCAAACCUCAUUCCACGCUUUAAAUUUGAAACACGAAUGCCAUAGCAUUGUCACGAGCCUGCUUCCUCUAGCUUCUUAUCGAGUGUUCAUCCGAAAUCAUUUCGAUAAAGAAAAUAUGGAGGAUGUGGCUGAAAUGGUGGAGAAUACGAAGGAUGUUUUUAUUGAAAUGAUUGAAGAUUCGAAGUGGCUUGAUGAUAAAACCAAGAAAAAUGCGAUCAAGAAAGCGAAGGCUAUGAAGACGAUUGUUGGUUACCCGAAGGAGUUCGAGAAAGCUGGGGCGUUUGAUGAAAUAUUCAAUUUAGAAAUUAAACCAUCCGAUUCCUACAGUAAAAUUAUAUUUGAAGCACGAAAAUACUCUGUACAGCAGCUCACCAGCUUCAUUGCUUCCGAAACAACUCUGAAUCCAAUGUUGCUGCAUUUUACAACAAAUGCGCUUUACGCAACAGAUGAUAAUUCGAUUGUUGUACUUGCACCUAUCAUUGCCGACCCUCUUUUUCACCAUAGCUUCCCCGAAUACGCAAAAAUUGCUGGUGUCGGGUUCAUAAUUAGCCAUGAAAUUGGACAUGGUUUUGAUAACGGUGGUCGCAAUUACGAUGAAACUGGAAAACAGAAAAUGUGGUGGACAGAGAAAGACGUGAAAGAGUAUGAGAAACGAAUGAUGUGUUUGGUUGAACAAUACGAGAAUUAUGAUGACCCAAGUUUUGGAAAAAACCUUAACGGUUCGUUGACUUUAGAUGAAAUGGGAGCUGACCAGAUAUCUGCUGAUGUUUCCUGGAGAUCUUUCAAAAAAUUGGACCUUGAAAAAGAACCAAGGCUAGUUGGUUUUGAAGAUUACGAUAUCGAAAAACUAUACUUUCAAAUCGGAGCCCUGAACUGGUGUUCUCCGCGACCUACUCAGUCUCUGCAAGAGCAACUCGCAGAUAAUCAUGCAGUUAAAAGUUUCCGAGUGAAUGGAGUGUUUGCAAAUACGAAACAAUUCGCGGACACGUAUGAUUGCCCGGCUGGAUCCCCUAUGAACCCGAAGACAAAGUGUGAAAUGUUUUGA